AUGGAUCUCAACGAAGCCGCCUGGCUACCUGCCAAAUGUGCGCCUCUCCGAGUCGAGCAAGCGUCAUUCACUGCCCCAUCCGCACACCAGAUCGUCGUCAAGAAUGCCGCCGUCGCCGUCAACCCGGUCGAGUGGUGCAAGCAACUGAUGGGAGAUAUCCUCUUCAGUUUCAUCAAAUACCCAUUCAUCCUCGGCAAUGACUGCGCCGGGACCGUUGCGCAAGUCGGCGAUGAAGUCAGUCGCUUCAAAAUCGGCGAUCGCGUCCUCGCCCACGCCAUCGGAAUGGACCCAAAUGUCAACAAGUCAGCCGAAGGGGCCUUUCAGAAGUUCACUGUCAUCUGCGAUAACAUGGCCUCGGUGAUUCCAGAGUGGAUGUCCUUUGAGGAGGCUUGCGUGCUCCCUCUUGGCCUCUCAACCGCAGCCUGUGCUCUCUUCCAGCAGGACUUCCUCGCCCUCGACAAGCCGGAUGUCUACAAUCUCAGUACACUGGCUGCGCCGGAUCGCCCUCGCGAAGUCGUCAUUGUCUGGGGAGGAUCCUCAAGUGUGGGAAGCAAUGCGAUCCAACUUGCCAAAGCGGCUGGAUACGAGGUCAUCGCCACUGCCUCUCCCAAGAACUUCGAGUACAUCCACGAGCUGGGUGCGAAUGAGGCAUUCAACUACCGAAGCCAGACCGUCGUGAAGGAUAUCAUCGAAGCCUUGGGCGACAAGAAGGUGGCUGGCGCCAUUGCCAUUGGAAACGGAUCAGUCGAAGCCUGCAUGGAUAUCCUGGCCCGCACCCGUGGCAAGAAAUUCGUCGUUCAAGUCAGUUUCAAAUUCCCGACCAAGAUCCCAUCCACCGGCCUUGAGUUUGUCUUCGCGAUCGCGGGCUUAUUGUGGUCCAAUAUUACCAUCUUUCUCAAGUCGAAGAUCACCGGCGUGGGCACCAAGAUGGUAUUCGGAAGUACCCUGGCUCACAAUGAAGUGGGCAACUUGGUCUACCGUGACUUCUUACCUGGUGCUUUGGAGGAGAAGGAGUAUCAAGCUGCGCCCAAGCCGAUCAUAGUGGGAAGUGGCUUGGAGAGUAUCCAGGAGGCUCUGAACCGACACAUGAACAGAGGUGCAUCUGCUGCGAAGUAUGUGGUCUCGAUUUGA